AUGAGUCCUCCAAGCAUCCUAGAGAGGCCGCGGGUGGGGAAGCGGAUAAUUUGUGAGCCGGAGCGGCCGAGACGCACUUCCAGUGGAGGUCCUGGCUUCGCUUCCGGACGAAAAGCCUGCGCGCUGCUGGGCCCCAGUCUGGCGCUCGCCCUCGGGCUUCCAGAGUGGCUGCGGCUGCUGGGAAUGCGUGAGGCUGCUGCCCAGGCUGCGGGGCUGACGAUGCUCCAGGGCCGGAGCUCGGGCCUCCCCAGCCCCGCCUGCCCGUCCCCCAGUGCACCCAGGAGUUCGGGUGAUGGCAGCUGUGUGCCCUGUGGCGGGUUCCCAGAUGAGCCGUCCCUCCAGAGGGCCUCUCCUGGACCCCGCAAACCCCCGGCAGGAGAAGGAGGCCGGACUCAAGGCCUCCCCCGCAGCAGCCUGGGUUCUACCUGCUGGCGGAGGAAGGCGUUUGGAAAAACCUGUAAACAUGAGCACAGAUUAGGAAGGCAGAAAGAAAACUUUGAGAAACAAACUCUGAGGAAGUCUCAUCCCCAGGAGAGAUGCUUUGGGCAGGGGAUCCUCACUCACAAGAAAAUCCAAAUUGGAAAACAAGCCCAGGAGUAUAAUAAAUGGGAAAGAAAUUUCAGUCUGAACUCAGAUCUUGUUACAUACCAGAAAUAUCUCAUAGGAAGGAAACCCCACAAAUGUGAUAUAUGUGGCAAGAGCUUCAAAUAUAAUUCAUUCCUGGUUAGACACCACAUAAUUCAUGAUGGAGGAAAACAUCAUGGAUGUGAUCAAUAUGGGAAAACCUUCAGUCAAACUUCACAACUCAAUCAGCACCUAAAAAUGCAUAUUAGAGAAGAUCUGUAUGAAUGUAAUGAAUGUGGAAAAGCCUUCAGCCAGAGUUCCAACCUAAUUCAGCAUCAGAGAAUUCAUAGUGGAGAGAAACCUUAUGAAUGUAACAAAUGUGGGAGAUCCUUCAGCCAGCAUUCAAAUCUUAUUUGACAUCAAAGAAGCUAUACUGGACAAAAGCCAUUUGCAUGUAAUGAAUGCGGGAAAGCCUUUAGCCAGAGUUCUGACCUUCUUCAGCAUCAAAGAAUUCACACUGGAGAAAGACUAUAUCCAUGUAAUGAAUGUGGGAAAGCCUUUAGUUCAGUUUCAAUCAUUACUAUGCACAUGAGAAUUCACACAAGAGAAAAACCUUAUGAAUGCAAUGAAUGUGGAAAAACUUUCAAUCAGAGCUCACAACUUUCCCAGCAUAGGAAAGUUCAUACUGGAGAGGGUCCCUACGAAUGUGAUAAAUGUGGAAAAGCCUUCAAUUAUAAAUCACACCUUAAUGAACAUCAAAGAAUUCAUACUGGAGAGAAGCCCUAUGAAUGUAAAGAGUGUGGAAAGUCUUUUAAUCUUAAAUCAUCCAUUAUUGAACACCAAAGGAUUCAUACUGGAGAGAAACCUUAUGAAUGUAAUGAAUGUGGGAAAGCCUUUAGCCAUAGAUCAAACCUUAUUCGACAUGAGAGAAUUCAUACUGGAGAGAGACCAUAUGUCUAA